AUGCCCACAAUUGAAGGGGUUGUGCUUAUGAUUAUCGAUCAGGAAGAAUUUAAGGAUGGUCUGUGGUGGUUUUUAGCUAUCAUCGAUUAUCUCAUAUAUUCUGUUGUGAAUGGAUAUUUAACAGCAUUGUGGCAUUUAGCAAGCGUAAUUUCGGUAAUUUCGGUUAUUGAACCGAAUGUUUACGGUAUAUCAGCCAUGAAGAUGAGUAGAGAACUCUUAAGAGGAAAAACGGGUACUGCACUUGUUCUUGUAUUCUCUUAUUUCACUGCAAUUUCUAUGAUUAUCCUUCUUAUGUGCGAGCUUUAUGACAUGAACUAUCCAAUGUACUUCCUAAUCAUUCGUGUUUUCUUGAUAUUGGUUUGUGUAAUCAUGUUGGUGGGUGUGAACUUCACUGCUUUAUUGGUUCAGAAUGUGUUCUACUUUGCCUGCAAAAGCCAUCACAAUCAAAUCAUUGAUACAAAUGUUUUCUUCCUACUAGUACUGAAUUGGUUAAAUACAUUGCGAGUGAGGGUGGUUUGGAUCUUGAAGGUUUUCCGUAAGUAG